AUGAAUGUUAUAACUCCUAAUUCUUUGGUAGCGGACCUCUUUGAUAGUUCGACCCUUAUCCCCCGUCUAACUCAACUAUUCGACUGUACGGCUAUUGUGAUUGCGAGAGAAAGGAGGGAUGGCGCCUUCCUUUACCAUCUGGCGGUUGAAAACAAAAGUGCUUCCAGGUACACGGCUGUUAGGCUCAUCCAAGGCGUAUUUACGGAAGUAGCAGGGAACUUGACCGUCAAGUUUGAAAAAAGCUGGCCAAGCCUGUGUCACUUUCUUACGUCAGGAGAAAGGGAGAUCAAAGAAGUAUGGGGCCGAUACGCGAAGGAUCAAAUCAUAGAGAUAGCGGAUCUUAAGAGGCGGAAGAAAAGGAACCUCGGCGACCCAGAGAUCGCGGAGUCCGCGCCCGUGCCGAAAGUGAAGAAGCUUUCCUCUCCUUUCAGUCGAGCAUGCCCGCCCUUUAGCACUUCCCUUCCCGAAGUGGGAGUAGGAGAAAGGAAAGCGCACUCGAUCAAUUACCAUGCCGUGUCGUAA